ACAGUAUUUCCCUUACUCCUGGACGUGCUGUUGAUGCUUGAGAUGCCAAAUAGGUAAAUUAAGUAUUUCAAAUUCAUGGUAAUAGGACUGCUCUGCUGAUUAAAUGCUCUUAGAGAAGUAGAUAAGUUAAAAUGAUAAGAGACGAUGAGAAGUGAAGCAAGAUAUUACAAAAAAGUUAAGUUGGGUUACUUUGUCUAUCAUUUUACAUUUGCUCUCAUCCACUUUAUUCACCAAUAAAAUGGCCUGGAAUUAAUUUCUUAAAAAAGGCCUUGUUCAAGUCUGUAAUCUGAGGCGCAAAGUAAAUUUCAAGCAUCGUGACCAGUUUACUAAACGUCACUUUGACAGUGAACAGUUUACUUUGACCGUAAACAGUUAACUUUGACUUCUUAGAAGACACCAAGGGCCUAGAAUGCCUAUCUCUGUGCUAGAAUACUGGAAUAUUAAAUGGGAUAAGCUGCAAAGAAAUUUGAACGAUUUUACAAAUUUCUGAUUAUGAGCGCAUAAAAAUCUUCCUCCGACAAAACCUAAACAGUUCUUAGUUUACCUUCCGACGGGGGGGGGCUAAACUUCUCCAACCGGGGGCUGUAGCUCCCUCCCCUCUCUAACGCCACCACUGCCUUUGCCCCCCCCCAUUCUAACCAUCCUGGCUACGUUGCUGAUCCUUUGGGCUUAAAAGAACGAAUGAUUUCAAAAAAUUUGCAGAGACCCAUGUUAAAAGAUUGUAGCCCUUGCUUCAGUCAAUAUACACUGCGCAUGCGUUGUUCAUAAACAAAUUGUUAUCAAAUUGUCAAUUUCGAUGUGCUGAGUAUCAAUGUCGAUAUUUUACAGAAAAAUAAGGUACCAGAAAGCCUCUAUUCUAUGUUAUAACCUCAGUUUAUCACUAUUUGAAUGUGGAACCAAAGUUUGUAAAUUAAUUGGCUCGCAUAAAUUUCGAUAUGCUAAUCUCGAAACUUGAACAAAUUUUCCUUUACUUUCGAACAUCUUCCAGAAACUCUUCGAGCAGGCGUCAUUGGCCUUUGUAACAGUAGAAAAACAGUAAAAAACAUGUUCACUUUUCAUCAAGACCUCAAUAUCAUCAGGAGAAGGUUGACUAUCUGUUCCAAACAUUUCAAAAUUGCUCAAAAAUUCGCUGCGCUUUGAUAUUGCUUUCCAGAAUAACUGUUUACCUUUUCAGGGCCUCCGAAGAAGGGGGGGCCGGGGGGGCAUGGCCCCCUCACUUUCUUGCAAAACAAUAGAGCUUUUUUUAAAAACUUAUGUGAAGAUUGUUAUAUUUUCUCUUGGCCCCUCCACUUUCCAACCUGCGUCGAAGCCCAUGCUUUUUUGAUAAAUGCGGACACAAUCGUUGCUGGAUGAUGCAUGAAGUCCAACAACUCACCUUAUAAUUGAAGACAAUGUUAAGGAUGCCAAAUCAACAAUUUGCUGCUUUUUCCGCCACUGUCAAGCAAACUCUAACCCCCAUAUUUUUUAGUUGAUGGUGGUAGGUAGGCCUAUAGCAAAUCCCUAACAAGGAAAAACGUUUUGUAAAGAUCAAGAUUGUUGAUUUCAGUUUCUAAGAAAGACAGGUUGUAAGAGUCUGGGAAGCAGAGAGACGGUAGAGUGGGGAGGAAAUGAGUUGAGGGACAGAGUUCAUGAAUUUGUCAAAGGAAUUGAGAAGGGUGUGCAUUGGAAGAGUAUCUGGUAUUAUGUACCUAUCUCGGGAGACCUAGGAUCAUAUCUUCGAUCUUCAAAGAGCAAAUUGCCUGGUAAAAUUUAUCAUCAACUAAGAAGAUGGCGACACAGCAUCGAUGAGAAAGAGACGGAAGAGACUUUGUGAGAUUGCAGUUGUCAAUAUCGAAUUGGAUUGGAUUGGGUUUGUUAAGGAAGCAAACGGAAGACUUUGGAGCGCAACCCUAAAUAUGAGAGCAGUACUUUGCCGAUGGACGAAUUUAGGACCUAUAAAUUAUUAAGGGUUGUAAUGCAUAGAAGAAUCCACCUGCCCUAGAGAGGAGCCCAAUAUCUUUGGAGGGAUGUUUAGAAUUGGAAGAAAUUCGAGAUUUCUAAUUAAGUAUGGUUUUAGUUUGAACAAACCUAACGAGAUUGUCUUUGCCCAACUGCUCUAUUUUUGCCAUGUCGUCGGUGAGAAGCGAGGCCAAAAUAUUUCUUUGAAGAGUUGAUGAUAACAAAAUUAUGUUUAGAAUCGAGGAGAAAGGAAAGCUUAGAUAAGUCUCAUCAGCAAAAUAAUUUAUACUUGUAGCGGUGGAAGUUGGUAGGUCAUUUAUGAAUAGAAUGAAUGAAAGAGGAGAUAUGAAAGAAUCCUGUGGAACACAAGCAUAUUAGCUAGAAGAUCAACAGUAAAUUUCUCCAGGGGAAAACCAUACUUUUGGUGAGAAGGGAGCUUAUUGGUUUCAGGAAACUUAAGAUGAAGUGUUGUCCAACCUAUCUGAUUACAGUCUUUUUCCUGAUGCCAGCCUUAGCACAGAGUGAUUGGCUAAAAAACGUAACUCGAAACUACGACAAGAGACUGAGGCCUAAUGCUGGAGGCUCUGCUGUGAAUGUAAGUGUGCAGAUUGGCAUAGUCUCUCUCGGACCAAUAAAUGCUAAGGAUUUUACAUUCGAGAUUGACAUGUAUCUUCGUCACUGGUGGAACGACCCUCGUCUCAAAUCUGAUGCAAAUUUCACGUACAAUUAUAAUGGUGAUCCAGCGGACAUCAUUUGGGUUCCGGACACAUACUUCGAGAAUUCGAAAAAGACAGUCACCCACCAUGUCAUGACACAAAACAAAAGGGCAAUUAUCAAGCCUAAUGGCGAUAUUUUUGUCAGUAUCAGGGCCACUGCGACAAGCUCCUGCCCAAUGGACCUCCGACUUUACCCAUUUGAUACCCAAAAAUGUCGUUUGAUUCUUGGCAGCUACUCUUUCUCCGGGAACAAUUUGGACAUGAACUGGAAAAAGGACCCUGUCACCAUUGACACAGUUUCUGGUUACGUCCAGGUUUCUUCUUACGUCUUCAAGCGAUUCGAUACAAGGAAGAUCAAAUACGUAAUGGGGAAUCCACCAGAAAGCUUCGUCGUUCUGGAAUGCAUUUUUACAUUAAAGCGUUCGUUUGUUUCCAGUUUGAGCAGAAUUUACAUUCCAAGCAGCUUUCUCGUUCUGCUUACAUGGGCGACGUUUUAUCUUCCUAAAAGCGCUGUUCCAGCAAGAGUGACUCUCAUCGUAACAAAUUUCCUAGCAACUGUGUUUAUCAUGCAAAGCACAGCAUCGCAAAUUUCUGAUGUUGAAUACACGACUGCUGUUGGUGUCUAUCUGCUCAACAACGUCAUUUUCAUCACGUUGGCGCUCUUCGAAUUGCUCUUGGUUCUCAAUAUCCGAUGCCGGACAAAGGGUGAAGGCAAAACAAAAAACAAGCAAAGCCAAGACAACGAGACUGAACUAGGAAAACUGGCAAACGAUAAAAACAAAGAUGAAGUGUCAAGCGAACAGGAGAAGGAAAUUCAAAAGUUUCAUCUGGUUGAUCGUUACGCAAAAUUAGUCUUCCCUAUUUCCUACUUUAUCUUUAUUGUCGCUUAUUUCAGUUAUUUUAUACCCAAGACAUAUGACUGAAGCAGCUUCAAAGCAGCUCAUGUGUUUUUAUACUAUCAUUCGAAAUUACAAGAAAAAGAUUCAAAAACUUGGCGGAGGAGCUAGCAGGACUUCUUGAGCACUAAAGAAUCCCAAUAAGAAUUCAAUUGAUAUUCAUCAUAGAAUCAAUUGGUGAGAAAAGCUCAAAACACAAUACUGUACCCUCUAUUACCUUACACUGGUUGUUACCCGGUUUAGCUUAUUAAUUCAUAUCAGAUUGUAGUUUUAACUAAAUUUAUUGUUAUUCACUUCUUCAAAUAUUCGCACCUUCAAAAAGUCUUGGUUCAACCACUGAUUGAAUACUUUGAAGAUAGUACACUUACGUGACAAAAGUAUUAGGACAAUCGCCUCUAAGCAAAUUUGGUUAACCCUUUGUUCAAAAAACAACAUAGAAGUUCGGUGGAACAUAAUGAGAUUAUUGUAAAAAUAAACAUAAAUUUGAUAAUUUGUAGAAAUAUAAACUUUUUAGACAAAUACAAUUUGCUUUAUUUUGUAUUUUGCCGGAUGACCUCCAGGGAACUAGGCAGCCGCCAUUUGCACUGGAACUCACUGAAAUACUUUUGCAACAAAACAUCAGUGGCGGCUCUUGCUAAUGGGCAUCUGGGGCAAUGCCCCCUCAAAAAGAUUCAAAGGAAAUCUAUGAUAUUCAUAUUUAAUUUUGAAGAUAGUCUUACUGUGGUUAAUUAUAUAAGUUUGUAUCUCUUCUAGAAAAAGCUCCUUGCUAACCCGUCUCAUCCUUAGCCUCGCUUCUGGCCCGCUAGUGCUGUGGCCUUGAGCGAUGAUGUCAUUUUACGGGCAAAGUUUUUUUUGCCCCUAGCCGACAUGCGUACAAGCUAAUUUUCGACCUCGAGCAUUGCGAAACGUGGCCUGUGAUUGGCUUAUUUGGAGGAAUUCGGGGCAAGAAAAAUUUUGCCCAUAAAAUGACAUCAUCGCCAAACAACAACCACAUCUAUAUAUGCUUUUUCUUCUGCGCUCCAUGACGAUCAACAUCGAACCAUGAAUACAGUGAAAAAUUUGCAAACUCGACCUUUCUAUCGAUUAUCGCAAUAUUGAUGGUCUGCCCUCCCAACUGUGAAAGUCACGAGCCGCCACUGCAAAACAUCUUCGGAUACAGGAGCAAAUCUCAAGAAAAUUUUAAAAGAGUUUAUUUUUGGUCUUAAAAGAUUCCAUUUCUUGGAUAUUUUUUAUGAAAACCAGUUGUUUUCAAUCACAUUAAGGCUUUGAUUUUGAGGGGGUUAUUGAAAGACCAUUAUGGUAUUGUUUUUCGAAAUUUUUGUCACAAAUUCAACAUAUCAAGGUUUAAUUUCUUACUUGAAAAUAAAUGGUCUUUGCAAAGAAUCAUUAGUUGUUUCUAUACUUGCCUGGGGACUUUCCACAAAUAAUUGGGCAAAAUAUUCAGCAUUUCUAUCAUAGAAAGGUAAGAAAUAAAUUGAAUUGCUAGGAUUUGCAUUUUUGCUGACGCCAGUUCUAGAAUCCCGCCAAAACAGCAAGACUUGUUCAAUCAAUGUUAGAAUGCUAGUUCUGGAGCCGCCAUUUUUUUAUUCAUCGUCCUAAUACUUUUGUCGCGUAAGUGAACAUAUAUCUUCUCCAAUGGAAAUCUAAUUAAAUGUUAACUAGAUUGUAUUAUCAUGAAUUUAUGUAACUAUUACCAUGUAAUAUGGUCAGUUCGGUGUUCAUUUUUCAUUUACCUUGUGUUACUGACGAAAAAAAUCGCUAAAUUCCACCGAGAGAAAAUGCAGGCCAUCUUUCUCUCAAAAUAACUACAAUUGUACAAUUUCUCUUGCGCUCAGGUACUUUAUAUAUGUAUUUUAAAGGCUUCAAGAUCGACGAGAAGCUCACAUCCACUGAUGUUCACUGCUACGGCCUUGUAAAAGCUGACGCCAUUCGUCAAUGAUGAAAGGGCGGGAAAAUGAAAAUGCAUUCAUUUAUGGAAAUUACCUUAUCUGCGUAAAAAAAGUUUCUGGCUUUCUGAAAAGAUUCAAGAGGAUCCCCGAUCAAAAAUGUAAGAAAAUGAAAUGUUUAACACAGCAAAGUAAUUAUUCGUAAAUGAUGCAUAUUCCCUCCUAAUUAUUAUAAGGGUUUGAAAGGGACAGUUUCAAGCCUUCGUAACUAACGAUCGCGGAAGAAUUUUGACUGAGUAAAACGGCAGUUUUUUCAUGAAAUUAUUAAGGAUUCAAUUUUUAAAAAAAAAUUAGAUUAUCUUCAGGACAUUUUGCACGUUUAUUUUUUGUUGGUAGUGGUAAAAACGUCCAAAAUAGGCCUAAAUCUAGCUGAGCGACACGUUUGUUGUCAUAUUUCUGAAUUCUGAUUGGCAAAUGGGGUAUGGAAAAUUUAGGUUGCUCAGCCAAUCAAAGGUUUGAAACCUAUGCUGACGAGCAUACAAAAUAAUGUUUAAGCUUGGUGCGCAUGGUCUUUGACCUCAAGAAUGGUAUGGGGUUU